AUGGACAUUUCCAUAAAACCGGUUUUUUCUUUUUCUCUUAACUACAAAGUAUUUGAAAAGCUAGUAACUUGUGGCAAGUAUGAUGGAAUUCAUUCGUGUCUGACCGUAGUGACGAAUGCGGAUAAGAUAUUGAUUCAUACACCGCAUAAGCGCUAUGGGCUGCAAAACUCGAAACUUUCUGUGUCAGAAAUCAAGAACGAUAUCGCAAUGUUGAAUAUGAACUUCCCCAUUCGAGGGAUCGUAGCUGGAAAAUUGAAAGGUGACGAUGAACGCGAUGUGCUGGUGAUUGGAAGUGCUUCGCAUUUUCUCGUUUAUCAUGUUGAUGAAAAUUAUAAUCUAUUUCAAAGGGAUUUUCCUGAAGGAGUACGUUCGAUUUUGAUAGGAACAUUCGCAAACUUUCCUGGUAUAACUUUGAUUGUUGGAGGGAAUGCUGUCGUUAAAGGUUUCAAUCCGGUAGGCAAUGAAAUCUUUUGGUUGAUUACCGUUGGAGGAAUUAAUUCCUUACUGUUGAUGGACGUUGAUAAAGAUGGUCAAAAUGAGCUUAUUGUAGGCACAGACGACGGUUGUAUUAAAAUCUAUAAGAAAGAUGCAUUAUUGCAUGAAUUCACCGAAGGUAACGAGAUCCAAAAUUUGUUAAUGAUCAACCAAAACCAGUUCAUGUACAGUGUCAAAAAUGGCACUAUUGGCGUUUUCGAUGGAACUGUUCGUAUGUGGAGAAUCAAAUCGAAGACCAGAGUAACAGCAAUGACCGUUUAUGAUGUACUAGGUUGCGAGAAUAAGCAAAUCAUAGCCGGGUGGAAAAAUGGCAAAAUCGACGUUCGUGAUACCCGAAAUGGGGAUGUGCUAUUCAAAAUGAAAUUAAAUGAUUUCGUGUGUGGGAUUGCAACCAACGACUAUCGUGGAAUCGGUGUUCUCGAUUUAGUGAUCGUUACAGCAGAUGGUGAAAUUCGUGGUUAUUCCACUCCGACUGUAAAUCUACUGAACCUACACAAUCUGAACGACGAAGAAAUCAGCAGUCUUUUAACUCAGAAACAGAAAUUAUUAUUGGAAUUGAAGCAUUAUGAGAAUAAUAUGAAAUAUAAUAAAGAAAUUUUGAAUAGCAGUGAUUCUCAGUUGGUACAAAGUAUUCCAGAUAACGUUGGUAUCAUUCCAUCCAACACCCGACUACAAAUAGGCAUCUCAACAAGUUACGAUAGUACAGACAUGAAUAUUGAUAUUACGGUGUCCACUAACAACGCCACCACGAUACGUGCGGUACUGAUUUUUGCCGAUCAAUUGUUCAAGGAAGAAACAUUGAUUGCUCACUUGACGAAAGAUGUAUCGAGGAUAUUGAUUCCACUGAAAACGAUUAAAGAUAACGCCCAGGAUAUCCAUAUAAAAGCCUUUGUUGGUUAUCCAACAUCCGUGCAGUUUCACGUAUUUGAGCUUACCCGUCAACUGCCUAAAUUUGCUAUGUAUACUAUACCGCAAAAUUUAACCGGUUCACCGAAAAGUAUCUCCUAUAUUAACACUCUUUCGUUGAAUAAAACUCCUGGAGACAGUUAUGUUGAGUUUCGAAUCACGGAGCGAUUGAAGCGAAUUUGCAUAUGGAUCAAUCAGAACUUCUUGCUUCCAUCAGACAUUGAGUAUAUGACAUCAUCGGACUCAGAUGCGACCGAGCUCAAACUGAACCUCAUCAGUUUGCGCACCGGCAAAAACGUGUGGCUACAUUUCAACAAUGACGGCAAAACCCGUUUUUACACCGAAGACAUUGGAUUGGCCGGUGACCUCAUUCAGUCUUUAGUGCAGUUUCUGAACAUCGAAAACAUGGAUUCUUCAGCUUACUUUCCAGAUAUUUACGAAGAAAUCAGGCAGUUGUUCGAAAAAUUGCACGGCUUGCAGGAGACAGAGAAACAGAUAAAUUCUGAAAUUAUCGACAACAUAAAUCAAGUUAAGAGUCAUCUCAUACGAGCGGAGGAUGCCCGGUACUAUAAUGGAGAUGACGUUAUCAAAUAUCACAACGAGAUGAUGAACACAAAUGAAGAUCUGGUCAAGAGCUACAAAAUACGACUGGUCAACACCGGCGAGGUACAGCUAACACUAAAACGUAUUCACAGUAUACUAUACAGUGCUUCAAAGCUGAGAGUCGGAACGUAUGCCGCGACUAUCAUUAGCAAGUUCAAAGAUGCAUUGAAGACUAAUAACAUCGAGGCCGUGCUGAAAAUCAUUGAACUGGGCGAGCUCUAGGCGCAAAACGACGAACUCAUGCUUGCUAGUCGCUGAAUCACAAUCGAUCGUGGGUGUGUAGACACUACAGGAAACUGGAAAUAGUUAAAGUGUUGUGAAAUGUUGAAACCUUUGAUAGCAAUUUGUUUUGAGCGUCAGCUACGUAUGAUCUGUAAUGUAGAGUAUUUUGUUAUGUACA